GAGGACGGUACUCGAGUGCGUCGCUCGUGGCAGCCAGACACGGCCUGCAUUGACGCUGCACAAUCCCUCCAUAUCCACCUGCCACCAUUCCACCAAUCAUGAUCAUGUCACAAGGUGACUCGAAAGCGCGCAUGCAUCGCCUGGCGUUAUGGUUCUUAUUUUAUUUUUACUCUUAUUUUUACUCUUAUUCUUAUUCUCGUUUUCUCACAUUAUUAAUAAUAUUCCACUUUUUGGUCAACGACAUUGGCAAUCAUUGGAUUGUACUCAUUCAGGCUCUCGUUAUUCCGGCUCUACUUGCAUAUUGACCUUAUCCUUAGUCGUGAUAGAUGGAAUAUCAAUUCGGCUUUCC